AUUUUCUUCUCCUUCCAGGCAAUGCUGUUGUCACAUGUUAGCAAGAAAGUACAGUAGUGGGCCAUUAAAUUGUGCAUUGAAAGUGUUGCUGAAAGAAGCAGUUUCUAACAUGCCCACCCCUCUCCCUCCUGUUGCUCUGGAGGAGGUUCCCUUAAGCAUUUCCAGGUUGCUUUAACUCCCCCUCCUUCGCUGUCCCCCAUUCCUUUUGCAUUGCAUUUUCAGAAAUAAUAGAAUACUGUAUAGCCUUCUGCCUUUCAAACAAUAUCAGGAAGAAGCUGGAUUGAUUCUCUCUGAUCCCAAAUUCACAGCGCAGGCCUGUGUGGGUCUGCUUGGAAGUAAGGCCUAUUGACAUGGGUGGAAUUUACUGGCAGGGCCACCAUCAAUUUGCUACACUUCCAGUACUCCGGUCCAGAUACUGGAAGAAAGUGGCUGUCUUAAUGUUGAGCCCCAGCUGUUUGACAGCAGGCAAGAUGGUUCCCCGUUAAUGGUUGAGGUGACGGGCGAUACUGAAGAAGACCUUCCUUGCCACUUCUACCCACCAAACUUUCUCCAAGUCUCAGAGGUGGAAAUGAGAGGUUCGGAAGACGUUGCGCCUGGCACCGUGUUACAGCGCUUGAUCCAGGAGUUGCGCUAUGGCAACCCGAACGAGAACAUGAACCUGCUGGCUAUCCAGCAGCAGGCCACAGGGAGCGCAGGACCAACCAACUCCACUACCGCUGCGCUCUCUUCUUCCACGGAGAACCUGGUGCCAGAAGACCCACAAAUGGUCCAGGAGUCAGCCCGCCAAGAACCUCAGGGCCAGGAGCACCAAGGGGAUAGUUCUGUGAUGGAGAAGCAGUCCAGAGGCUCCCAGCCUCAGCAAAACAAUGAGGAACUCCCAACUUAUGAAGAGGCCAAAGCCCAGUCUCAGUUUUUCAGGGGUCAGCAGCAGCCCAGUGCCAUGGGGACCGGAUUUUAUGUGUCUGGAACCUCCUGCACAAAAUCUAGAACAGAAGGGAGGCCGACUUUGGCCCGAGCCAACAGUGGGCAGGCACACAAAGACGAAGUGCUGAAGGAACUAAAGCAAGGCCAUGUCCGCUCCUUGAGUGAAAGGAUAAUGCAGCUGUCAUUGGAGAGAAAUGGUGCCAAACAGCAGCCCCUCACCUCAUGGAGAAGUAAAGGCCUCAAGCCUGCAGGGCCGAACUCUUCCCAGGCUGCCAACAAAGGCAUGGAUCCGAGAGGGCCGCCACCUGACUAUCCAUUCAAAAACAAGCAGGUGGUCUCUCCCCUGAGCAAAUCUCAGGAGCAUGGGGUGUUCUUUAAUGACCAACCUUCCGGAAUGAUCCAGGAAGCUGUGAAUCCAUCGUAUUCAGCUCCACAGCCAGCGAGGAGUGAAGUUGCGGUGGUCCGCUACCAAGCUCCCCCAGAAUAUGGUGUGACCAGUCGUCAGUGCCAGCCAUCUUUUUCACCAAUGCCAGCACAGCAGCAGCAACAGCAGCAGCACAGUCCGAUGUCCUCGCAAGCUUCCUCUCUGAGUGGCCCAUUGCACUCCACGUCUUUGCCUCCUCUCUCAAUGACCACAGCAUCCCAGUCCUUGCCUGCCACUCCGCCAAGCCAACAACAGCAACAGCUCACACCAGAUGCGUUUACCAUUGUGCAACGAGCCCAGCAAAUGGUGGAGAUGCUUUCAGAAGACAACGAGGCCUUGCAGAAGGAGCUGGAGGGCUACUACGAGAAAGCAGACAAGCUUCAGAAGUUUGAAAUGGAAAUCCAAAAGAUUUCAGAAGCUUACGAGGACCUGGUGAAGACUACCACCAAGAGAGAGUCCUUGGACAAGGCCAUGCGAAACAAACUUGAAGGAGAAAUUAGAAGGCUCCAUGACUUCAACAGGGACUUGCGUGAACGAUUAGAGACGGCCAACAGGCAGCUAGCCAGCAGAGAGUUUGAUGGGCACGAAGAUAAGAUGACAGAAGAGCUUUAUGCUUCUCAGAACAAAGAGUACUUGAAAGAGAAGGAGAAGCUAGAGAUGGACUUGGCGGCCAUGCGCCUGACUAAUGAGGAGCAGCGAAGGCACAUCGAAAUUCUGGACCAGGCUCUGAACAGUGCGCAAGCCAAAGUCAUCAGAUUAGAAGAAGAGCUGAGGAAGAAGCAAGCCCACGUUGAGAAGGUAGAGAAGCUUCAACAGGCGCUGACUCAGCUUCAGGCGGCCUACGAGAAACGAGAGCAGAUGGAACAGCGGCUGCGCACAAGGCUGGAAAGAGAGCUGGAAUCUCUGAGGCUGCAGCAGAGACAAGGGAACUACCAGGCUGCCACCCUGCCAGAGUACAAUGUGCCUGCUUUAAUAGAGUUAGUGCGGGAGAAGGAGGAGAGAAUUCUCGCUCUGGAAGCGGACAUGACUAAAUGGGAGCAGAAGUAUCUGGAGGAGAGUGCAAUUCGUCACUUUGCUAUGAAUGCUGCAGCCAUUGCUCCGACUGAAAAGGAUACCUCAGUCACGAAUCAUUCACGGAAUGGCAGCUAUAGCGAGAGUUCCCUGGAGGUCCGCAUGUGGCAAGAAGAGGAGGAGAUAAUGCAAGCUAAUCGGCGGUGUCAGGACAUGGAAUACACGAUAAAGAAUCUACAUGCCAAAAUCAUUGAGAAAGAUGCUAUGAUCAAAGUCCUGCAGCAGCGGUCCAGAAAGGAUGCUGCCAAAACGGAGGCGGCAAGUUUGCGGCCUGCUCGGUCAGUCCCGUCCAUUGCUGCCGCCACAGGCGCUCACUCGCGACAGACCUCCCUCACCAGCAACCAGUUGGCUGAGGAGAAGAAGGAGGACAAGACUUGGAAAGGGAGCUUCGGGUUGCUUUUAGGGAAGGACCACCACGACCAGUCGUCCACGCCAUCCCUGCCUCCUCCUCCAGCUCUCACACCUUCUUUGUCCUCUGCAAUGUCAUCGUGGCCGGUGCCCAUCUGCCAUGCAAGAACGGGCAGCAAAGACAACAGCACUCAGACAGACAAAGGCUCCGAACUUUUCUGGCCAAAUGCAUCCGCUUCGUUUCCAGGCAGAGGGAAACUGGGCAGUACUCCGGGUGGAAGUCCAGCGCUAAGGCACACGGCUGGCAAAGGCCUCGGGGAGAGACUUGAGACAUUGCCUACUCACGGGAAGCUACCUGACAAUAAAGGCCGGGUCAGCAGUCUGCUUCACAAAGCCGAAUUCCCAGAUCCAGAUAUGAUGGAGGUCCUCAUUUGAAGUGAGGCAGCUUUCUUCGCUUUUUUUUUCUGCUAGUGCCCCAUAACUCCCCAGAUGGGCGCAGCCCCCCACCACCUCUGUCUGCCCUUGUUGCUGAGCAAAAACAUGGAAACUCUGGAUGUGACGUUGGUCCAAGAAAGUUUAAAGCCAGAAGGAAAUAUUUGAUGAAUCUGACUUUUUGAAUUAAAAAGGGGUGUGUGCGAGAGAUCCAAGAUGGGUCAUUUGGAGUGUCUGCUACAUAUAGUCGUGAGGAUGUUGGUCAAGGGGAUGCGGCUUAGAAAAGGAAGCAGCGAGACAUAGGAACAAAGCUUCAUUUUCUAUUGUGAAAGAAGGAUUAUCUUUGGAAGCUGUGGCCACUGCGCCAUAUACUUUCCUGCAACAGGCAAGACGGUACCAUUUUGUUACUAACUUAGAUCUGUUGUUCUCCAUGUGAAAUGUCUUGUAGUACACACAGCUCAAAAUGGGGAGCAGGACUUCCGGAUAACUCAAGUUUUAAAUAUUAUCUUACUGCCUUUUUCACGUGUUUUUUGCUUUUGCUUAUUUUUGUCUCGCCACCAGCCUCUGUUUGCAUCUAAGUUUCAAGACAUGCAGAUGUUUGUCAUUGAUUCGGGGCAUGGGAAGUCAAUAUUCCACUUUUUCCCCGGAUUUCUACAACUGACCGUCUAUAUUUAUUAUUUAUUGAGCGGCAGCAAUCUGGCUAGCGCCAUUAAGAACUCAGCACCGGCAUGGGACUUGCCAACAGGAAUUUUUGACAGGUUUCUUCAACAUGAAACUCUCCAGAUAUCAUAGACUAUAUCCCCAUCCUGCUCAAGUUUCAUGACAAGGGUGUGUGUGGAGGGUAUUCCAGCACAUCUGGAAAGAUCUUUGGUUGGGAAAGCUUGGUUUUGAAUUAGACAUCCAGAUCCUAAAGAAAUAUACCAAUUGAGGUUUUAUCUCCUUCCAGAAAGGUAACUGUGCCAAUCUGUCAGGGCAAGAAGCUAAGCAGGUAAGCGGCUAUACAAAGACUGCUGCUGUCGCACCUUAAAAACUAUUUCACCAGGACAUAAGCUUUAAGUGAGCUGAAGUCCAUUGCUUAGAAGCACGAUCUAGAAAUUUGCUGCAUUUCCAGAGUUGACUUAUCUAGGCUUGCACAGUUCCUCCGAUUCCAACUGGCUGUGUGAAAUCUUAGGAAGGGCCCUUCCCAAACCUUCUGAUAGAGUUUGUCCAAGAUAUCCAUAGGAUCUCCCCCCCCCAUUCAAAUCCCUGGCAUUUUUUAGUGGAAGGACUCAGGUAGCAGAUGUAAGAGACCUAACUGGGAGAGCUCGUACUUUUCAAAGAAGGCACUACCGGACCGAAUGGAUAAACAGUCCGGAUUGAGGGGUAAGGCAGCUUCCUGUGACCUGGAGGCAUGAUUCUCCCUGUUGCUGCAAAAUGGAUUUUUCAUCUGCAAUUCCAUUCAAAACCUUUGUCCUUCCCGUCCCAGCACCACCUGAUCUAUGCCUUUUGACCUGCCAGCAGCCCGGACUGCAAGUGGGGAAGCUAUAGUUUUCCAAAUGUUGUUGAUCUACAAACAGAGUUUGGGAAAGCAGCCCUUUUUUACAGUUUCCAGAAUUCACUAACCAGCCUAGUUAGGCAGUGGCCAUGCUGGCUGGGGGUUCUGGGCAUUGUAGUCCAAAGAGGUAAGGAUACCAAGUUCUGCCUACAACUCCCAUUGCUUCUCACCUUUGGCCUUGCAUGCCAGAUCUAACGGAGGAUAGUCUACUGCGUCCAAAUGACAGCAGGCUGCCUUCUGCAGACUACUCUGUGCUUCCAUGCUAGUCAAUCUGCUCAAAGUUGGGCCCCAUUCUUGCUGGGUCUGGGAAUCUAGAGCCCUUGCUCACAAACAAGGCUGUUGAUAAGGAAAUUCCAUCCUGCAGCCGGGCAGAAAUGGUUAGUUUCCACAUGUCUGUUGUUCCUGGUUUGCUUUCUAAACACAAGUAUGAAAUAUACCUAGGUUUUAUUGCCCCC